UUCACUGCGUAACCACCUGCCAUUUCACGGAAACGUCAUCAGAACCUUUAAUAGCCAUUUUCAGUGUCAGUACGUGAUACUAUGGUAAAUAAACCGUGCAAGUAACCGGCAGACACUGGGAAGUGGAAUACGUUUUGUUUGUGUGGAAAAAUUGGAUCAAACAUUUAGGUUAUGUUGUUGUACACCCAUAAGUUGCAUACUGGUGAUGCUUAAGAUAAAUAAAGCAAUGGAUCAUCCAUUUCGUGCCGGUUUGCAUCGAAGGAACUUCAUAAGUACCAAUUCGGAAGAUGUGCCGUUAGAUAGAAUACGCCUAGUGUCUCCGAUUAACAGAUUUGCUAUAUUCCAAGGCAAUUUUAGUGCCGAUGACGACGAUUACCCGGAGAAACCGUAUAAACUCCGGACGAAGCUGAUCAUCACAGCUUUAGUGGUGCUCGUGUUUGUAUCUGCCUUGGCUGGGUAUCUCAUCGGCAGUGCAGAAUACAAUGCUAGAAAACUCUCCGAGCCUCUGGAUCCUAUCGACCCUCUGAAACCCUCGGCAUCUGCCCUUCAUGUGUUCCAAAAAGCAGCUGUCUGCACAGACGCUCCACAAUGUUCUGUAAUUGGAAGGGAAAUUCUGUCCAAGAAUGGUUCUGCGGUCGAUGCUGCCAUCGCUUCCAUGUUCUGCAACAGCUUGCUGAAUCAGCAGAGCAUGGGUCUGGGCGGCGGUUUCUUCAUGACAGUCUACAUCAGGGAGGAGCAGAAAGCAUACACAGUAAAUGCCCGGGAAAUGGCCCCUGCAGCAGCCACACGGGAUAUGUUCCACGGGAAUCACGCUAAAUCGUUUAAAGGUCCAUUAUCAGUGGGAGUUCCUGGCGAACUCCGUGGCAUGUGGGCCGCGCAUAAACGCUGGGGGAAGCUUCCAUGGGAUAGCUUAGUGGCACCCACGCUGCAGCUCUGUAAAGAUGGCUACCAAAUGUCCAAAGCCAUGCAUGAUAACGUGGAGAUGGUCCCGUACAUCAAGACUGAUAUAAAUCUGGCAAAGAUGUACUACAACUCAGCUAAAGGCCGAUUCCACAGAGCAGGCACAGUGAUCAAACCAACGGAGGCUCUCUGCAGCACAUUCCAGAAGAUAGCUGAGAAGGGCGGCGAUGAAUUAUAUAACGGGACCUUGGCGGAAAUGUUUAUCGAAGACUUGAGCAGAGUUGGAAGCAUUAUCACUGCUGAUGAUUUAAAGAAUUAUAAAGCAAAAAUUGUGACGCCCAUAGCAGUCCCGCUUCGCAAUGGGGAUACGUUGUAUACACCUCCACCGCCCAGCAGCGGCGUCAUCCUGGUCAACAUCCUAAACAUCCUCAGUGGAUACAACUUCAACGCGAGCAGCAUCAACAGCACGGAAGACAUGAUCCUCACUUACCACAGAAUAUUGGAGGCAUUUAAAUACGCUUUCGGGACUAGGACCAAGCUUGGUGACAUUGACUAUUUGGACUUGAAAGAGAUGAUCAGCAACGUGACAUCUCCAGAAUACGGUACGGAGACCAGAUUAAAGAUUAACGAUACGAUGACGAGCAAUAGCACGAAGACUUACGGUGCGAUGGAGUACAACCCACCUGACGCCGGCACUGCGCACAUUUCCAUUAUGGCGGACAAUGGUGACGCUGUUUCUGUUACCAGCUCCAUUAACUACUACUAUGGCGCAGGCUUUUCAACUCUAAACACCGGUAUAGUAAUGAAUAAUGUUAUGGACGACUUCUCCUCACCUGGCUUGAAGAACGCUUUCGGUUUGGAACCCUCACCAGCCAACAUGAUAGAGCCUGGCAAAAGGCCUUUGUCUUCCAUGUGCCCCAGCAUCAUCGUAGACAAAAAUGGUGACGUCAAAAUGGUGAUCGGAGCAUCAGGCGGCACCAAAAUAACAACAGCUACAGCUUUGGCGGUAAUACGCAAGUUGUGGUUUGACCAAACUAUAAAGGAAGCAGUGGACGAAGCAAGGAUCCACCAUCAAAUAUUCCCGAUGGAAGUCCAAUACGAGUUCGGAAUUAUUCAGGAUGUAGUUGACGGUUUGAGAGCGAAAGGUCACGGCAUGGUCCGGUACCGCGGCAGGGGCUCGGUAGUCUGCGCCCUCUACCGAAACAGCACAGCAAUAUAUGCCAAUGCGGACUUCAGGAAAGGCGGUGACGUCGCUGGGCUCGACUGAACAACAAUGUGCCUAGAACAUUACAAUGUAACAUGUGAUAGUGGGAGGCUCAUCCCAGUUUAGUUUGUAAAUAUUGGACAUUUCGUAGCGUAUCCAGUGUGGGGAUUAUCAUUAUAACCGUGACUUAAGGCCACACAAUAUAUUAAGUAUGAUGUAAAUGUCAUGAUUCGUUUGUUUUAAUUAGUAAAUGCGCAGUACUGUAUUCAAUCAAUGUUGGACAUUGUAUUGAAUUGCUUGUAUUGAGAUUUGAAGUAUUCUGUUAGUGUUAUUUUAAAGCUAAGUCGUUAUUCGAUAUUAUAGAUAGAGUAAUCUCAAAUGUGAAAACUAUCUAUUUGAUAUUCAGGCGUGUUUAAAGAUAAUAAACAGUAUUUUUUUUUUAUCUGCUAAGCAAUGACUUGACACUUAAAUUCCGAACACAACCGGACACUUUAAAAUAUAUACUUAUUCUCUUUUUUUGUGUCUAACAUUUUUGGACGAGGUGUAUUAUAAACUAUGCCUUUAAUAUUUUGUAUAAGUUAAUGUUCCUUGGCUACUCAUGGCAUUUCGCUUAGUUCCUUGUAGCUAUACAUUCCACUAGAAGCCCCAGGCUAUACUACCUUUCGUUAAAAUAGUUUUAUUUAAUAUAAACAAUUCUUCAAACAGUGUAUUAACUAAGACAAUAAGUAUUAAAAUCAAGUAUUUAUUAAUUUAGAUGCAAAAUUUGGUUAAAUCAGCUUCUCUGUAAGUCUAAUAUUUUUUUAAGUAAAAACUAUGUAUUAUAGUAAUUCAAAUAUAAAUUAUACUUUUAUUAGUAAUGGAAUAAAUCAAAUCCAUCAUAAAUGGAUUACAGUGACUUAAGAUUUGUCGACAUUCUAUUUUAAGUAAGUGAAAUAUUUUUGACUGGAACACGCACACGCUGGUAAGCAGCAUAGUAGCAUGCAUCUUUCGACAAUUAACUUCGAGAAAUAAUAAAAUUAUGUAACAAAACGCUCUUUCUUGUGCAACUGAGCUAGCUAGCUACAUAAUACAUAUAUGUUUUAAUAGCAUACAUGUGGACAGAGCUCCCAGGAUGGCAGAUGAUCAGAUGAUUAGAUCACACAGGGCUUUUUUUGUGGGAGCACGCGGGGGAAGCAGUGUCCUCAAAGUAAAUGUAGAAAAUAUCGAAAAAAUUGCCAUUAAAAAGUACAGGAAGGGAGGGGUUACAAAAAAUUAUGGACUUACAACUUUCGCGAAUUAGCGUGCAUCCAAAAACGAAGUGACAAGAAAAGACCUGGCAAGACAUAUUAUCUGUAAUUAUAACAUGAAAAAUCUGUAUAGUCAGACUUAGGAUUCAGUUCGCUUAUUAGCAAUAAUUAGAUGCAAUUCAAUAGUAAGUAUUUAACACAAGUAUUAAUUUAUUGUAAGUAGUUCAAUCCAGUGAAAAAUAAAUAUACCGCAGAAUACCUACAGUUGAAUUUCAUACCGUAAAUGCAUUUAUAUUAUUUAUAAAUAUGUAUGUUUGUAAUGUGAAGAUAUUUCAGAGUGAAAAUGCUGAUGCACACAAGCCGGUUUUGUAGGAUAUGCUGAUGUAGUUAUGUUUUACUUUUCUGUAAAACAUAACUACAUCAGCAUAUCCUACAAACGUUGUAUUACAGCACCUACAAAGUAGAUAUUUAACGCACUAAAAGUGUGAAAUCAAAGUUUUUUUUAAUUGCCUUUUGUGAUCAAGUUUAUCUCAGUUUUAGUUGCAUUAAUGCAUAUCGCUCAAUACAAAUAAUAAAAAUAUUUCUUGAAUAUUUUCCAUGUGUAUUUUAUGAGCCCAAAUAAUAUACCUUAGUAUAAUUAAUUGAGAAGGCUAAAGCGUCAUACUUCUAUUUAAAAUAAAUAAUUGUAAAUGUACAAAAAGCGAUAGACCACCUUGUCGCUAAUGGUCAGAAUCGUUUUGUAACAUAAUAUUCACUUAAAGGUUUAAAUGUAAAAUAUUGCUUUAUGGUUCGAGUGACUUUCUUUUCAAGUAAUUCUAGAUGUCUUAGUUUUGUAUAAAAUCGCUCUUGGAAUUGCUCACUGGCACUUUGUCACCUCGAACUACUUAUGUGCUAAACAAUAAAAUUGGUAGCGACAAAUAAACUUUUAAUGGGCUGUA